GCCACAUUGAACUCAAACUUGACCACAACUUCGACGGAACGGUUCAUAACCUCUCGUGACCUGCUCGUGACGAUAUAAUUUGACCGUGGAGCUCGGGGAUGGUUCUAGUACUAGUGCUGAUAGUAGUAAGUGCUUCUUGCGAUCUUGAUGGAAGAUUCACCGGCCAUUGUGGUUACCGGUAGUGCUACUAUAGUAGUAACGGGACAUGCCAGGCAGCACUCAGAGAUGAUAAACUCACCUGGAUUCCAUGACUACGGCGUCAUACAACGGAAGCAUAGCUUCUCUGAUGACUGGUCUUGGUAUAUCAUCAAUUGCUUUCUUGAUUUUGACUGCGCAAGUCUGGAUCUAUUUCAGGAGACAUACCAUUCGAUCUCGAGAAAACUGGCAGAGCAAACUUCUCGUUGCCAUCAUUUGGAUGAUGCAAGCUGCUCAAAUGACGCUUACUAGUCGGAUCGCGGGCAUUCACAUAGUGGAUUUCGAGGAUUUCCCCCAAUUCAUUCGCCGUGUGUCGACAGAAUGGGCAAUUUAUACUGGGAUAUGUACCUUGACAACAUCUCUUGUGCAUGGUGUUUUUAUCUGUAGGGUUUGCUGUCUUGAGAAAAGUCUCUGUGGUAAACGGAGAAUGACAGUUGUUCUGAUUGCAUUUUGUGCCAUGGAGCAAGUUUUUGGUUUUCUCAAGACCAUCUCCAUAAUCUUCAAACCAAGUAAUCAUACGUACUACACAGUGGCUCUUUGGGCUCCCCCGAUCUCAAUUGGUUGUUCAGCAAUCGGUGAUACUCUUAUCGCUGGUACUUUGGCCUACAUUCUUCACAGUAAUAAAUCGGAUUUGCCAAGAACUAACCGAAUGAUUACGAAACUCAUAAUAUUUUGCUCGCAAACGGGCUUGGUUACAACCGUGGCGGCAUUCACUGCUCUUGGAAUUUGGGCAGUCUGCAGUUUCGUUAUCAAACACCUGUAUACGUGUUUUCCCAUGGGAUGCUUAUACGCCACAUGUCUUCUCGCCAAUUCCAUUGCCCGGGAGUCCUACCUGCAACCACAGACAGUCCACGAAAUCGACAUUUCCAAUAUUAGUUCUGCACAUUUCACCAAGGACGUCCGUGUGGACUUGAAUUUAAAUUCGUUAUCAGACACAAAAUCGGGGCACCAGGAGACAUUGGCAAUUGAAGAUUCGUUAUCAGAGACAAAAUCGGGGCAUCAGGAGACAUUGGCAAUGGAAGAAGGCAGAAGUUCCGACUCCUGCACACUAAAAACGUUUUCAAGUUUGGAUUAGUUUCUUUACAUCUAUGCAUAACGCAGAAAUAAAAGGGCCUUCCCUUUGUUUCAUCGAAUAUAAAGGGAGAGGCGUUCUUCAUGUA